GUGGCUCAGCGUUACAGGAGCUUGAAGAGAAUCCAGCCUUCAGUUGGAAUGAUAAAGAAAUGUCAGGAGCAAAACACUUGCCGCCGCCCCCAGAUCUAGAGAUACAGUUUAUGCCAGGUAUGUCCUCCUACAGAAACAUUUCGGCGAAACGUCCUGACUUUUUUGAAGAGAAAACAGAUGGACCGAUUCGGUACGAUCGCUGUCGUUAUCAGGAUGUUUUGAACCAUCUGAAUUUGAGCAAAAGCAAUGAUCUGUUCAGUAUGAGCCGGCCCGUGAACAACCACACAUCUGCAACAGAUGUAAUACUUAUCGUGGCAAUCUCUGCCAUCCUUGAUGUGAGAGAAACGGAUCAGACUUUUGUUUCUUACAUUUGGACUCAUGUGAUUUGGAAAAAUGAGUACAUUCACUGGAAUCCAGCAGAUUUUUGCCGGAUUAAACACGUGUUGGUUCCCACUGAUGUUUUAUGGAAACCAGACAUAAUGAUUGAAGAGAUGAUAGAGAAGGACAAAGCUCCUCCGAGUGACUUCCUCAAAAUAAGAUCAAACGGUAAUGUUGAGUAUCGGAACGACCAGGUGGUGAUCAGCAGCUGUAAGAUGAGAGUUCACAAUUUCCCCUUCGACGUUCAGAGCUGCAACCUCUCCAUCAAGUCUCUCAUGCACUCUGAUGAGGAAUUACAUUUUUUAGUUGACUCAAACUCAACAACGCUCACUGAGUUGUCCCGCAUGGUGAUGCAGACCCAGUACGAGUGGCUGUUCAUCAAGAUGACAGUCACCUCCAAAACUGAUAACAUUAGCAUCGAUAUGAAUCAAACCUCCAUCAUUCACACGAUCUACAUGAGGAGGAGGUCUCUCCUCUACAUUGCCAACUUUCUGUUGCCGAUCCUCUUCUUCUUGUGUCUGGACUUGAGCUCUUUCCUGAUCUCAGAGAGUGGAGGAGAGAAACUCGGUUUUAAAGUCACUGUGCUGCUCGCCGUCACAGUGAUGCAACUUAUUCUCAAUGAAAUUCUGCCGUGCUCAUCAGAGAGGAUCCCACUGAUAGCUGUCUACUGCAUUGGGAUUUUUACUCUCAUGAUGCUGAGUCUCCUGGAAACUAUUUUGGUGAUGCAUCUGAUGGAGAAAGAUGAUUCUUCACCUCAAGACAGUGAUACAAGCAGAGACCAUCAGCUGGUGAAGAACAAACCAAGCAAACCCAGCAUCCACCACUGUUUUAAAGAAAUAUACAGUAACUGUACGAUCACCAGCGAUGUGCAAGUGGACCAAACACCAUCUGUGGUCAAAGAGGAUAGCAGCAGCCAGCUGACAGAGGUGUCCCUGGCUUUGGGAAAAGUGUCAGAUGAGCUGGAGCAGAUCGACAAUAAAAUGACAGCACUGAGUGACGAGAAGAAACCAGGCGAGUGGACCAGGUCCUGA